GUAGUUAUAUACGCUACGUCAUCAGAGUGCGCGCAGGUUUCAGGGAGGAGGUGGCAGAUGCCUCUUCGAAACAACAGUCAAUUGUCGUCUACUUAAGACCUGUUUUUCCUCUCAUACUGCUGAAGAGCAGCUGUUGGGAUGCCAAAGAAGUUCCAGGGUGAGAACUCCAAGGCGGCCACAGCUAAAGCCCGCAAGGCCGAGGCCAAGGCAGUAGCUGACGCCCACAAGAAGAAGCAGGAAGAGGAUGCUCUGUGGGAAGAAACCGACAAACAUGUUCUCAAAAAAGGGCAGAGAAAGGAUGACAAGGAGAAGAAGAGGCUCGAGCUUCUGGACAGGAAAAAGGAAACCCAACGACUCCUGGAUGAGGAGACCUCUACCAUAAAAGGCAGAGCCCUGAGGGAGGCUGGACCUGGAGAAAAAGUGACUCGUGCCCAGAUCGAGGAGGUGCUUCAGAACGAGCUACAGCAACAGAAUGAGGAAGAGCUCAAGCCAAAAGAAAAGAGCCACCUGGAGACUCCACUGGAGGAGAACGUGAACAGAAUUAUCCCUGAGGAAGGAUCUGUGGAAGCCAGAUCAAUAGAAGAUGCCAUCGCUGUGCUCAGCACUGGGCCGGAGGACAUGGACCACCACCCGGAGCGGAGGAUGAAAGCAGCGUUUGCUGCAUAUGAGGAGGCCAACAUGCCUCGCCUAAAACAGGAGAACCCCAACAUGAGGCUGUCGCAGCUGAAGCAGCAGUUGAAAAAGGAGUGGAUGAAGUCACCAGAGAACCCCCUGAACCAACGCUUUUCCACCUACAACUCAAAGUGAAUGCAGUCUGAAUGAAUCCCCCCCCCCCCCAUAACUCCAUUGGAAACUGUCUGCCUAUACACAUAGGAGAUUGAAAUAUGUAUUAAUUCUUUCAUUUAAAAAUGAGUGUUGCUGAUGAGAGCUUCCCCACUUUCCACCCAGAAACAAUCUCUCCAAUGCCAGAAGACUUGGCUUGGUUGUACCAUUCACUAUCAAGAGAGACUCAUCUUCCCUUCUUAAGGUCACAAGUGAUCAUCACACCCUCACGUGGCCUCUAAUGUGACACUUCUAAUACAUUUAAUUACAUCAUUUUAUUUUCUAGCACUUCCGGGGAGGUGGGAGCCAGAUGCUUUGAGAGUAACUUAUUAAAGUUCACCACUCGAUCAUUAACAUCUCUUGUUGCUUUUGAAUGCAAGACUCCUCCUUUGUUGUUGCAUAUAAAUCAAGUCACACACUGAUGUCAAUUUCUGCCAACUGCUGCUGUUGUGCAUUGCUUAUUCCAAAAAGAAGAUGGAGUUGCAGAGUUCAAACUUUACUUCUCAUUCAAGGAGAAAGUCAACUAUGAUUUUGUGUCCGGGGUAAACGGUGUUCACCAUCCUCCAGCAGAAAAUGGUGGUAACUUAUAGCUAUGGCUGCAAAUUACUUUUUUUUUCUGUACUUUUAGUUACUGUGGCAAGUGAUAAACCAGUUUCUUCAAA